AUGAGAAUAGCAUGGUGUCAAGCAUUUCUUGGAGUAGCCUUUAUAGCUUUACUUAACCGCUCAAAAUUGAAAGUCAGCUGCGAGACCGGUACGUAUAAUUUCAUUUAAAUAAUGACUCUCGGCUCUAAAAAUUGGUCACUCAGUAACUAGUGUUAUAUCGUUCCUUACUUGGCGAUUUCCUGUUUUAGAAAUACUCCUGGACAGGAACCAAAAUUCGUCGUGGUACUGGCUAACACGUCUCGAGUUUGGACCGUGGAGUGGGGUAAGUGUUUUGCACGUUAAGACGAAAAGAAAUAAAGGCCUUAAAACUGAGGCAGGUUACUAAGUGUGUUGCCCAGAGAAGGUCAUGUCCGAUUCGCAACUUUGAUCUUACCAUCUAGUUUUUGUCAGUAUUGUGAUGCUUAUCAAACCAAAGGAAAUCAAAUAUAUUAAUAUGCACUGGCAGAUAAUUUUUUCCAAUAUAUUAAAAAAAUAGUAAGAAUAUGUAGGAGGGAAAAACAUGAAAAUUUUGCAAGGUAUACACCAGGAAGAUAAAUAGAGGGAAGUUUGAUUGUUUUUUUUUUAGUUAAGCUUUGUUUCCGUAUAUGAAGUUCAAGCUAGAAUUACUUCUUAGCAACGACAUUUGGCGACCCACCAACCACACAACUGUAAGAGGGGAAAUGUACAUUAGUUCGACUGCCUUUGUAGUAGCUUUUGAAGUUCUGUGAUGACCGUGACAUGUACUGAGAUUUAUAGAGAUUUUUAAUAUCGCUUUAAUAUGGCUAAUCAUUUACUUUAAAACAAUAUUGCCUUUUAGGUCACUGAUAUAGUAUCGCUGGAGUAAACGCCAGGUUUAAGGGCUUAAUAUAUAUUCUCAGCAGAUUUAAGUUAUUUAUUAUACAUACCAAUAGAUUGUGUAGAACAUUUCAAUCAAAAAAUUAUAAGCGUGACUGGACAUCACAAAGGCAAGAAAACGACAUUAAUAUUCUGUUCACUUUGAGCGAUACAACAAAAUAUCAACACUGCAUGAAUUCAUCAAGGAUUUCGCAGUAUAGAAUCAAAUCGGGACAAACCGUAGUUGAAGAAAUAAGCUUACAUAAUACUUGAUGGUAUAUUUGGCCGGUGGAACUACUGCAUGAAAUAGUAGGGACUCCUUCAAAAAGAGAAGAUUAUUAAGUAAAGCUAUAAAGGGAAGCGAGCAGUCCGAUUUAAGCUCAUUUGUUUACUUUUAUAAUAAAAAUACAUAAUGAUUUGGGUUGCUUUAUUUACAUUUAUUUGCAAACGACGUCAAGCACUGUCAAAUGUGUAUUGAACGUGUGCACACAUACAACACUGAGCACACCUUAUUGCUUACGAAAUGUAAAAAGACCUCCUCGAAUGUUUAAUCUGAGUAAUUAAAGCCCACCCUCGUACUAUUGUUGCGUUUUGAUCAUGUUAGAAAACCGUGCGGUUCAUGCAUUGUAAUGUUCACAAAGGCAUCAGCUGUAAUAUGUAUAAUUGAAACGAAAAUGUACUUUGAAAAAGGUAAUGAAGUUUGGAAGCAUUGUACGGCGGUUAUCCUCAGUGUAUAAUAGGUAUGAGCUGAAUGGUGAUGAAGGCAUGCCUUGCUCAUUUUGUCUACCAAGGCAUGCAAGCAUUUUUUUUUUUUUUUUUGAACUAUCACUUCUAGUGUAAUCAAGGUUACCGAAAUUAUAUGAUAGGAAAAAAAAGACAAAAAAAGUUUAACAUUGAAUACCGAAAGAGAUGGAAGAGAUGACGCAUUGAAUUGGGAACUUGUUUUCCCAAUCACUGUACUGUACAUAUAACGAUUACAUUCCUCAGCUAUCUGUGCAAAACGUCACUGAAUACGUGUACUCCGUAAGCCAACUAAUUACAAAGCCUUAUAUAUUGUACGCAUCAAAGUACAAAAAAAAAGAAAUCGAAAAAGGUAUUUGAAUGUAGAAAAACGAAACCUCCUACUUCAAUAAUGCCACGAAUAAAAAAUGGUUUAACUGAGCCAAGAAUUGGAGUAUAGGAAUGUAAUGUGCCAGUACUAUAAGCUUUUAAGUCAACAAAUUACUUUGCAAGGCUAAUAUUUGCCUUGUACAAGGCACGUGCAGUCCUGUAAGCACAUUUAAGGAAUCAAAAACGGACACAAAAAGGUCACUGUACCCAGGCUUUGAGAAAGAAUCAUUCAAUGCCCAUCUCUAUCAUGUUACCGUAAUUAUUUGAUAUCUAAGGACGGCACCAUGGUAGCUGAAAAACUCUCUCCAGUGAUAAUGGUUAUGACGCAAAGGACCGGAUUAGAUAUAUUGGUACUUGAUACGUUUACAGGCACACGUACAGGGCCUAGUUUGGAUGUACGACAACGGUUAUAAUUAAAGAAACAGCUCUGUCUUUAAUAGUGUUGUGGUAACGUAAAAGUAACAACAGCCUAGUAUAAGAAAAACAAAUCUAGGAAUCUACAGCUGCAGGUGACAAAAUGGGAAGUUGAAAACAAUUUGUCCAGAACAAAAGAUAUAUCGAACCAGGGAAUUUUUCAUAAACGUUGUUCAUUUGAGUACGGAUGCCUUGAAGUUCAAUUGUCAGCAUAAAAGACGUCUAUGCACAUAUCACUUUAAAUUCGGAGACCAAAAAUUUAUUUUACAUCCUAAGAUAAAUGAAGCAUACCUUGAUUGGGUUCUACAUUUGGGCAAAAACUUUUAAUUAAAUUUUACAUUAUAUACCUUUUAAUGCGGCGUUUUUGUGCUGGGGGCAACCGAUACCCCCUACAUAGCCUAAAAUAAAACAAAAUAAUUCCAAUAGAGAUCACGCGCGCCUUUUUAGUAUUCUUUCAUAACGAAGUCCUCGGUGUAACGGACGAUUUUGUUUACCCCGGUAAUAGUUAAACAUAUGGAAAAGUAUCUCGCUAUAACGCCGAGUUUAAGUCCCUUGGCACUUCGUCAUAUUCCGAGGUUUCACUGUAUUCACAGCAGGUCUGAUUCACAGGGACUUCAGUACCCUGGUACUGACAUCGGCCCGUUUCCGUUGAUCCAAAAUGACCACGAUGUUUGAGUUGAAUUUAAUCGUACCUUCGUGAACAUUUCAUCUAAUGUUUCAGGGCCGUCUUGUUCGACAAACCUCAACAGUCUCAUUUAAAAGGUUUAGCUCAGCAGUGUUGGAAUUUACAGAGUUUUCAUGGCGUUUUCGACAAUGUGUUGGCAGUUUAUUUAGUAAUAAUAUAGACAUUGCCAAUGCUGCUUUUUAGUAUGAGCUGCGGAAUUUAUAAUACACUUCACUCAAUUAUUAUUAUUUGUGUUUGUUUAUUUAAAAUCUCCUUUUACUUGGCCAUUAGCUUUGAAACGAAAUUUGAUAUUAGGUACGGUAUUUUACUGUAAAAUGCGCAUGCUCAUUCAGCACUCGUAUUCUCUCCGUUGCCAAUAUACUGAAGGUUUUAAUCAUUGUAAAUAGCCAAAUUAAAACCACUUACAACAUUUGAAUGCCCCUUAAAUAGGUAUAAGGACAAUAGUGGGUACAAAGAACCAAAUUUAUAACAUUUGAGCCACUUCGUCAGAAAAUAAAAGGAUAUGGCUCCAUGGUGUCUAUAAUAAUUGUUACCGUCGAAAAUAGUUGGCGCCAGAAUGAUAUAGGGAGUGUCAGUUUGCGGCUUUUAAAAUAGAUUAAGAUGCACUGGUUUUUAAGCGGUUUGAUUGUAUUGGAAACCGUCCGCAAAGAGACUAAAAGCAUGUGAGCUAAAAUAAGUUGUUCUAUAGCAAACAAUCGACGAAAUUGUCGUUUCGUUCGGAAAAAUAAAACAGGGUAAGCUUUCUCAAACGAAGCAGUGAGUGCGAGCAGCAGGGCAUGUAAUUGUCAUAAACAUACUUUUUUGACACGGGCACUAACGAUUCUAAAGCUUCAUUUAAGCCAUUAAAAAAUUUGUUUCUUACUGAGGACCCUGGUGCAUUGCCGAAGUGGGAUCUUAGCUCGUCUUGAAAUUACCUAAAACAAAACAACAAGGAGCAACUUGAGUGCUAGCGCUCUUGAACUUGAAUUCGGUUAAGGUGGCUCCGAAUCCACCUUAUAACAAUUAAGUUAAAUAUUGAUCAGUUGACUAAAGACUCGCUACACGAGGGUCUCUAUAAAAAGAACUUUUCGGAAUGAAAUUUUCUUAAACCUGACAGUAGAGGUGUUUCUAAAAGGUUACUGUACUGAAAUUAUUGUAACUUCUUACACUAAGAAUACAGUAGACUACCGAUAACUCGAAACUUCUAAAGGAAAUUGAAAAAGUUCGAGUUGCUGGGAAUUGCAAGUAUCAUACACACUUCAUCACUUCAAGGGCAGCAAGAAUCCGAGUAGAUUGAACAACAAAGCUUGAUUGGGACCGGCUCUGAGUAAAGACAAAGAAUUGACACAGCUUGACAAGUUUGUUUUGAAAUAAAUGCAAUGUUUCUGCGGACUUCAGUAUACUCUUUUUGUUGUUGUUGUUGUUGUUGUUGUUGUUUUUUUUUGACUUGCGAAGUGAUUAAAAAAUGGUUCGAGUUAUCGAGGCUAAACUUUACAAAUUGUCUGAAGGCCAAAGAAAAUUACUUCGAGUUAGCGGGGGUUUCGAGUUAUCAAGAGUUUGAGUUAUGGGAAGUCGACUGCAUUGCCAUACCUCACUGUUUUCACAAACCUACUUAAAAAUAAAUAUGUUUCAGAUAAAUUUGCAAAGAUAUCCCGACAACACCUAGGAUGGCAGUAUUAGCUGACAUUUCUCUUAUCAGUUGAAGUCCUGGCCUUAAUCAUGGUGCUCUUUUCAUCUCCGUUUAAAAGCUUCCCUGCCUGCCUUUUAAUAAAUUCACAUGGCUCGUUUCAAAACGUUUGAUUGUUUUCUUUUCAUUUACGUUUAAAUAUACGCUUUUGUGAUUACUUUUAAUAACUGAACUUCCAAACUGAAAUCAUUUAAAGCUACUGAAUAGCAUGAUAAUAAUCUUUUUUCUCUUAUUACAGUGGUCGCGUGGUGGUGAAAGUGAAGGUUACAGCGUUUGCGAUUUAUCGGAAACGGCAAACAACCACACAAAUAGCUGGCUUGUCUCUGAAUACAUUGAUCUACAAGGAGCAAACGAAGUGCAUUUAAAACUUUUGUUCACAAUCAGACAGUGUCCAUCGGUGUUUCUCUACUGCAAGCAGGCUUUCACCGUUUUUAAACUACAAACAAAUGGACCUGAAAUAGGUGGAAUCACCAAGAAAGACGUUCUAACGGGAAAAUUCAGUCAUGUGCAAACUGUUAAUGCAACCCAUGUCUGGACGCCUGGGGCUGUCCCACGCAUGAACCAGGCAAACAUAAACGUGGCUGUAAAUGGUCGAGGUAUUUAUCUUGCAUUUCAAGACACAGGAGCCUGCCUAUCACUCGCAUCCGUCGUUGUAUCGUACACGUACUGCCCCAGUGUGAUAAAACACGGCGUUCUCUUUAACAAAACUUCAGCGCCUCAAUCCAGCCUACAUAACGUGACAGUUAAGGGAACAUGCUCUAGUGGAGCCUCCCCGUAUCCUAGCAACAGCUUACUUACAGCGACAUGUCUUAGUACAGGGCAAUGGGUGAAGGACGAUAAAAUCACUUGUCUUUGUGCUGCAGGAUACGAGCUAGCUGGCGAUACUUGCGCUGGUAAGAUGAUAAUGGCCAUUUUUAUACAAGUGUAAGUCAAUGUUAAUCAGACCAGAGAUUCAUCGUUCAAUCAAGUUAUUUAUUCGUUUCCGAGUAUAGUUACAGCGGUUAAAACACACGCGCCCUCAAAGGGUUUUUUCUUCGGUUCAACCCUGCGGUUUGGUGGACGUCAAUCGACCUUUACCAUGGUUUUCACGCGUUGGCCAAGAGAAGAUUUUUUCUCCGUUUCUCAGGCACUCGGGGGAAAAUGUCGGCGUUUAAGUCGUUUUUGCAAAAUUUUGCUACAGGAUCUGACACCGCUUCAUGUCAAGAUUACCAGGAGUACGAAUUUGUUGAGUGUUUGUCGAAGAAAACUCAAAUUUUCGACUUAUUUAAACACUGUAAGUUACAACCGCAUUAAGCUUUCUCAAUACGCGCUUAAGGAUUCUUUUUGAUAACGUGAAGAAUUAUAAGUAGCUAUAGAUCCUCAGGUUACAAAAUUAAUUUUCGAAAACGGGCUCCGUUCAGAGGAAACCUUUGUCCCUUGUUGGUUGUUGCCCCUUGGCAUUCAAAGAGCGCGCGUUAGUGGUAACCGUUAUAAUUAAAAUUGUUAAUUAAAUCCUGCUAUAGUUAACUAAAACUGUUUUAGAAUCAUACUCAUUUUUUAUUUAAUUAACCCCUCCUUCCUAAGCAGCCAAAUCCAACCAAAUCUUUAACAUUUAAGUCAAACGCUCAACAACUUUUCUAUUAUAAUUCAUCAAUUGACCGUCAGUAGUAGAAUAAAAGAAUACGUUUAAUUUCGAACAAAUGACGUCGCAAAAAGUCAAAAGUGAGGCUACUUAUAAUUAAAAGUUGGAAGAUCUCAAACGAUAACACCUCAUCGAAUCUGAAAAAAACUCUUGAUAUCAGUAUUCGGCUCCAUUUAAUAAUAUACUAGCCGAUUAAAAGAUAAAAAUUCCCAUUACUACUUUAACUUCACAGAAUGCGAAGCAGGUUAUUACAAGGAUUCAGUUGGCAAUGGUCAAUGCGUCACGUGUCCUUCAAGUAGCUUGUCUACUCCAGGUCAAGGCUCAUGCUCUUGCGAAAAGGGGUUCUACAGGGCACCUCAUGACCUCACUAACGACAGCUGUACAGGUAACUAUUAUCCAAAAAUGAAUAAUUAUUGUAAAUUCUAAUAUAUAUCUUUAGUUCAAUUAAUAUGCUUGUUUGAGAUUCAGUGGGGUUUCUUGAACACAGAAAUAAAAUCUCUCCAGUGGUACAUGUAUAUAACUUGUGGUUGUCUUAUUCUGGCUGAACAAGGUAAUUAGUACACUCGAUUCUUAUAUAAAAAUUCAACUUUUAAAUUCUCCUACAAAUUUUGGUUCUCUCAAUCCAGUGACUGUCAGGAAAAGCCCGAGCGCUUUGAAAGAAAUAUACAUUUAUUUUCCCCUCUGGAGAAACCAUUCGGGCUAAUAGACUGUGAACGUUUUCGACAGCUCCUCCUUCAGAGCCAAGAAACAUCAAUAUAACAGUGGUAGCAGACAGCAUUGUACUGGUAACAUGGUCCCGCCCAGUAUCUGACGGUGGACGCGAAGAUGUCAAGUACCACGUGCGUUGCAGCGCAUGCUCAAAUACAGGUUCCUGCUCAGAAAACUGCUCAGGGGUACAGUUCUGGCCAUCACAGAUUGAUCUUACUACGACUCAGGUCACGAUAUCUAAGCUGAAAUCUUCAAUGCUUUACAAUAUAACAGUUAUUUCGAAGAAUGGAGUCAGCGAUCAAGCUGGAAUCUCGUCACUCAAGUCGUUACAUAGAACCUUCUCCUUGAACGUGGGAAUGGCCACUAAUCCACCAAGCACAUCUACAAUAAAGACCGUUGAAUCCCACCUGAAUCUUACCAAGGCAGAUGGUAAGUAAGAGAACAAGUUAGGAUCGUCAUCUCUCGUAUGGUUUUCAAGCAGUGUACUCUAGGAUAGGGCAUAUAAAUCAGAGCGUUUGGGUCUAUAAUACGGUAUCAUUUUUAAGGAAACUCAUCAGUUGGCUAACGAUUUUAUCCAGACUAGGGAUUGUGGUAUAAGGUUUUGUUUUGGCUAGACUGUGCUAGUGACCCCAGCAGUUUCUCGAAAACAGCUACUCUAGGAUAGGGGGAAUUUAGGGAGUUUACUCUAGUAUGGGGUAGCCAAAUUCAGCUGAACUAGCUCUAGUCUAGGUUAAGAGUUCCAGGGUCCCGGCGGCACAUCCCCACCCAGAAAUUCCUAAAGUAACACCAACCACCCCCCCGCCCUCCCGCAGUGAGACCAACGGACCAUUUUAUUGAUAACUUCCACUCUAAGGUUUUCUCUUCUUAGUACAAAUCUUCCCGUACUCAAGGAAAGUGGCAGUAAAGCAGAAUUCCAAAGGGAAUCCAAUCCUGAUUCUGAAACCAACUCGAGGCCUAAUUCAUCAACAAGUGUCGAAUGGCUACCUUUGACGAGAAAAAGCGGGUUACCUGCUUUGAACUGGAAAAACCCUAGGGCUAUUUCUCCAAUGUUAAUCCCACAUCAGGAUAAGGAGUAAAAACUCAGCUCCACCCCUACACGAGAGACUUUACAACUGUUAGUGGGAUUCCGGAUUCCUUAGGCUGUAUUCCGGAUUCCAAAGCUUAGGGCCGGGUUGUUCAAAGCUGGGUUAAGAUAACCUAGGGUUAGUGAAAAAUGAAUUCAGAUAUGAACUCUUACGAAGCAAAUUCAGUUUAAUUCUUUUUGUGUACAAUUUGAUGAUUGGAUGCUCUAAAAAGAAUACAGAAAAUUAUCCGAGAAAAUGCUUUUGAACUAAAGAUAAAGAAACCCGGAUUGAAAUUUAAAACCGGGUUAGCGCUAAUCGGCCUUCGAACAACUGGGCCCAGGAUUCUAGAUUCCACGAGUAACAUUUUCCCAGAUCUCGCAUGCCACAAGAAAAAAAUUCCCGGAUUCCGGAAUCCAGAUUCCCUUACACGGGGCGAUGUUGUUGUUGCUUAGUUUGCUUUUCAAAGAUCAAUAUUAUAAAGACUGUUAAUUGACACUAUUGACUGUUUACUGAGGGGCACCCAACGUCAAUUUUCGGAAAAUAUCUGUUCGCAAGACGAUUUGAGAUCUAGAAUUUUCGAGACAUUUGGUGUGAAAUUUUGUUGCUUGCCUGCCUCCCCUGGGACUUUCGAACAUCUUUAAAUAAAAUGGUAUAACUGCCCAUUUCUAACGGUUUUUACCCUUAAAAGGUAACCUAGAGUUUCGGGAGCCUUUUUUCUAGCUGAAAUUUUCGAAAAGCAAAGUUUUGAUCCCUAUAAUUCUCGGAUCACUAGACUUUCAGCUAGGAAAUCCGAACAGAUGAAGAAUUUUUAGGGGAUAAAAAUAUGCCUAUAAAUACCGUUUAAAUACUAAAAUAUGUUUAACAAUGCUAUGUUUAAGUGGUUUUAAACUAUAUUCUCGUUGGGUGCCCCUGUUUACUAAAAAGUUCUCGAUUGGAAAAACUGGAGUUGUUCCUCGCGCCAUCUGCAAAAAUCUCUCAGUGUGCGAAGCCUUUGGAAUUGUUGGUGUGUUUUGAAAAAGAAAGAAAACUAAGUCCAAGUUUUACUUGUUCUUAUUUUACAUUCUUCUUGAAACUUCGAAAAGAUAAGGACAAAAAUAGACUUCACUUUCUUUAUUCCCUGUAGGAACGACGGCCCCUGGACAAGGAACUGCAAGUGCCAAUGUAGCUGCAGCUGUUGGUAUUUCUGUGUCAGUUACCUUCAUUUUGUGCUUUAUUGUGGCCGCCAUUAUUAUCUUCCUAAUGAUGAAAUCCUUUAGCAGAAAGCAUGUUAAGCAACAAAGCGAAGAGAACUCAGUCACGCAACUUUUAGAUAUUUCGAGAGAGGGAUCUCCUGUUAAAAGAAUCCGAUCGAUGACAGCCACUACAGAGCUAUCAGAAUGUGACAGCAAACCUGACCUGCAAGAUGAAAAACAAGAUACUGUACCCGCCAUAAAUAUUUACGAUGCGAAUUCUAAUUCAAAGCCUAACCCUCUCAAAAACAGCGUCUGGUUUCCUUCUAAAAGGUUUUCUCUUAGUACAAAUCCUUCUGUACUCAAGGAGAGUGGCAGUAAAGCAGAGUUACAAAGUGAAUCUAAUCCUGAUUCUGAAACUAACUCCAGGCCUAAUUCAUCUACAAGUAUCGAAUGGCUACCUUUGAAGAGAAAAAGCGGGUUACCUGCUUUGAACUGGAAAAACCCUAGGGCUAUUUCUCCAGUGUUAAUCCCACAUCAGGAAAUAAGGAGGAAAAAAUCAGCGCCGCCCCUAGAUCUAGGAGACACUGCUUCGUCUAAUACUCUAAGUCCACGAAAACCCCCGGAGGGUUCUGAAAUGCACAAAACAGAUCGUAGUCCUUCGGUAAACAGUUGGUUUCCUGCUGAGGAAAUACAAUUCAAUGUCUAA